CAAGCCCAUGAGGUCCAAGUCCAUGUCCAGGAGGUGGAGGGAGGAGCCAACACGUGGGGAUCCACAACAUCAGGCGCCCCGCAGCUGCACAUGCGCACACGUACCACCGCUGCCACUUCCGCCCCGCUGGUGACGCACCGCGCGGCCCGGGAACCAUCUGACUUCCGCCCGCCGCCCGGAAGUGGAGCUUCCCGGGCCAUGGACGUCGCCGAGCUGCGGAGCGGCGGCUCAGUGCUGAGCACCGUGGCCGAGGUGGUGGAGCAGAUCCUCUUCUGCCUGCCCACCAAGUCGCUGCAGAGAAGCGCCAGUGUGUGCAGGCUGUGGAGUGACUGUGCGCGAAGGGUCUUGAGGAGGCACCGAAGACUGUCGUGGAUCACGACCAAAGGCCAUGCCUACGCAGACGGGGAACAUGGACAACACUUUCUGGUGAAUAAAAUGAUCGAGGAACUGGAGGAGGUAUAUGUACUGCCCGAGACAGUACUCUACAUGGCUGGCACUGAUACUUUCUGCGUACAGAGUUCCAGUAGAUGGAGGAAAGAGCGAAGAGAUGAGUCUGCAAUGAAAAGUAAAGAUGCAGAAGUGGCCACAAAGUUUGAGAAACUUCUGCCAAUGAAUUGUAAAUUAUUAGGAAUCAGUUGCCCUGGGAUUGUCUAUACUCCUAUGGGCAAUGGCAAGCAGAGACCUCUCGAGGUGGAAGAUGGAAUUGCAGGAUUUGCUCUGCUCCUGCCCAAAAUUGAAGGGGUGACGAUUAGAUGCUUUCACCUGUCAAACAAAGAUUUGAAGAAUAACACUUUCGAUCAAAGAAAACUCCAAGCAGCAGGUCUUCUUGAUAACCCAGACCUACGCACAGUCCUCCUGUUUGGAUACAAUACUUACAAGCCUCCGGCAGUUGACUUCAUUCAGCGACUCACCAAGCCUAUCAACGGGAGGAACACCAUCGUAGUAGGAGGUUAUGGUGACCGAGUCUUUUCACCCAGUUCUGAAAGUAUUGAUGCCCGUCACAUGUACGGCACAGUGGGUCUGUCGUUCAGUGGCAAGCCAAUCCAAGCAGCAUCUAUUCUCCUUGACGAAGAUGUGGUGACGCCGGAGAGCGUCGAAACUGCGAUGAAACGCCUCAAGGCGGCCAACAUUCCCGAGCACAAUACGGUGGGCUUCAUGUGCGCCUGCAUCGGCCGGGGUCAGAACUACUAUUCCAUGAUGGAGAACGUGGAAGCAGACGCCUUCAGGAAGCAAUUCCCAAACAUUCCCCUCUUCGGCUUUUUUGGUAACGGAGAAAUUGGCUGCGAUCGUAUCGUGACUGACAACUUCUCACUGAGGGAAUGCAGCUCCUCUCUGGAAUACGAUGAGUUAAUUCAUAGUUACACUACAGUCAUGGUGCUUCUUCACCUCGGGCCACUUAAAUAAUUGAUGCCUUCACGAAGGAUUGGUGAUUGCCCAAGAACACAAGCAAAUUCAUGGUCACUCUUUAUCCCUCAAAUAUUCCCGUGGCAGUGACUUCCAUAGCUCAGACCAAGAACAUCUCCAAAGUUGGCCUCUCGUGUAAUCGUUUAGUAAUCUCUAAAAAAAAUCUGUUAAAACAUUGAGUUCCUCAACUCGACUUUCUCAAUUCAAUCAAUUGUACAGUUUUUGGUGAUUUUUGUUUGUCAUCGUUAUUACAAUAAAUGUUAGGCUAAUCAUGGUUAAAU